UCAUUAUACAGCCGAGACUAAAUAUUUCUGUAACCUAAAUCAAGGAGAAGAAGGGGGAAAACCAGGACGAUUCUGAGUCUUUAACAAUGGCGAAGGAAAAUGAAGCAAUCUCGAUGGAAAUCGAUGACAAAAAGACUGAUCAGAUGAACCCUAAAUUCUCGAUUAAUGUACUGCAACUAUUAAAAUCUGCUCAGAUGCAACAUGGAUUACGCCAUGGAGAUUACACUCGUUAUCGGAGAUACUGUACAGCGCGGUUGAGGAGAUUGUAUAAGUCGUUGAAGUUUACUCAUGGGCAAGGGAAAUACAAUAAGAGGGCUAUAACUGAGACUACUGUUACUGAAGUUAGGUACCUCCAUGUACUUCUAUAUACAGCAGAAAGGGCUUGGAGUCAUGCCAUGGAGAAAAGGCAGUUGCCUAAUGGGCCUGUUCCAUGCCAACGUAUCUAUUUGAUUGGUCGAUUGAGAAAGGCAGUCAAAUGGGCUUCACUUUUUGCGCAGUUGUGUGCCGUCAAAGGAGAUUCCAGGACAUCACUAGAAGCUGAGGCCUAUGCUUCUUUUAUGAAGGGCACUCUUCUCUUUGAACUCGAACAGAAUUGGGAAACAGCAUUAAUGAGUUUCAAGAGUGCCAGGGCUGUUUAUGAACAACUUGGCAAGUACGGUGACAUAGAAAAUCAAGUCUUAUGCCGUGAGCGUGUUCAAGAGCUGGAUCCCAACAUCAAUUACUGCUCAAUCAAGGCUGGUAAAUCAAACAUAAAGACUUCUGAACUUGCAGAUAUGGGCCAGAUGGAAGGGCCUGCAUUGGACCUCUUCAAAGCUAAGCUCGAGGCUGUUAUGGAUGAGGCAAGGUCCCAACAGGCAGCGUCCAUGACAGAGUUUAAUUGGCUCGGUCAUAGAUUUCCAGUUGCAAAUGCGAAGACUCGAGUCUCGAUUUUAAAAGCCCAGGAGCUGGAGAAAGAUUUGCAUGGUUCUGCAGCAGUGCCUGCUGAGAAAAAAGUAGUCAUGUAUGACAAAAUUUUUGCUGCAUAUCAUGAAGCUAGGGGCUGCAUCCGCAAGGACUUGGUUAAUGCUGGUGAUACAGAAAAUGUAAAGGACGAUUUAAGUGGCUUAGACAAAGCUGUUUCCGCUGUCUUGGGACAACGAACGAUUGAGCGAAAUCAACUGCUGGUUACCAUUGCAAAAAGCAAAUUUUCAAGAAAUCGUGAUGACAAGGUUGAAAAAGCCACAAAGCCUGAGGGACUUGUUCGCUUAUACGAUCUUUUAAUACAGAAUACUAGUGAUCUGUCUGACUUAGUAACCUCUAGGAGAGAUAGCACUCCAGAAGAAGUGGCAUUUGCUGAGGAAUUUGAACUGAAAAAUCAGGUGUUUCGGGCAGAGAGGUGCUUCUACUUGGCAAAGUCUUAUAGCUUGGCUGGAAAGAGGGCAGAAGCAUAUGUUUUGUACAGCCGUGCUCGAUCCCUUGCUGAAAGCACCCUCCAGAAACUGAAAUCUAUGAGUAGCUUUGAUAAGGACAUAAUCCAAGAUCUGGAAGUAUUGUACAACAACAGCAGAUCGAACAUUUGCAUAGAGCACGCUGCUGGAAUUAUGGAGGAGGAGAAGGCUCCAGAGAAACUCACAAAAGGAGUCUCUAACAUAUCGCUGGCUGAAGGUGGCAACAAGGCUAAGAUAUUCCUUCUCGAGAAACUUGAUGUUUACGAAUCAUCAGUUGCUGAUCCUAACACCAAAGGAGUUCCACAUAUCGAACCCUUCCCUCCAGUUUUCCAGGCAGUUCCACGGAAUCCAAUUGUCCUGGAUAUCGCGUUUAACUCCAUCGAGUUCCCAUCUCUUGAGAGCAGGAUGAAGAAGGAAAAGAAGGGUCUCAUCAGUAGGUUUUGGGGAUGAAACCUCCUCCUCAGUAGAUGAUUUUGUUUCAGUAUUAUCAUUUUCUAGAAGAGGAGGAUUUUUAAGUUUUCUACAAACUGUGAGUUGAAAAGCUUACCUCUGAAGGGUUUAUCUGUGUUCAGAUCAAUGAGUUUUAGGGUAUUAACAGAGUAACAAAUAACAGUAAUUGCUGAAAAAAGUUUAUACAAAUUGGUUUCAAAUUUAAAAAGGUAUUUUGUUACUGCGUACUAA